GUUUCCGGUGUUGUGACUGAGACCCGUCAAUAUGGCGGCGAUCGGCCGCGGCCGCUCGCUGAAGAAUCUCCGAAUACGAGGGCGGAAUGACAGCGGCGAGGAGAACGUCCCGCUGGAUCUGACCCGAGAACCUUCUGAUAACUUACGGGAGAUCCUGCAAAAUGUGGCCAAAUUGCAAGGAGUAUCAAAUAUGAGAAAGCUAGGCCAUCUGAAUAACUUUACUAAGCUUCUUUGUGAUAUUGGCCACAGUGAAGAAAAAUUGGGUUUUAACUAUGAGGAUAUCAUUAUUUGUUUGCGGUUAGCUUUAUUAAAUGAAGCUAAAGAAGUGAGAGCAGCAGGGCUACGAGCUCUUCGGUAUCUCAUCCAAGACUCCAGUAUUCUGCAGAAGGUGCUAAAAUUGAAAGUGGACUAUUUAAUAGCUAGGUGUAUUGACAUACAGCAGAGCAACGAGGUAGAGAGAACACAAGCACUUCGAUUAGUCAGAAAGAUGAUUACUGUGAAUGCUUCCUUAUUUCCUAGCUCUGUGGCCAACUCAUUAAUAGCAGUUGGAAAUGAUGGACUUCAGGAAAGAGACAGAAUGGUUCGAGCCUGCAUUGCCAUUAUCUGUGAACUAGCACUUCAGAAUCCAGAGGUGGUGGCCCUUCGAGGUGGACUAAAUACAAUCUUAAAAAAUGUGAUUGAUUGCCAAUUAAGUCGAAUAAAUGAGGCCCUCAUUACUACAAUUUUGCACCUUCUUAAUCAUCCAAAGACCCGGCAAUAUGUGAGAGCUGAUGUAGAAUUAGAGCGAAUAUUAGCACCCUAUACUGAUUUUCACUACAGGCAUAGUCCAGAUACAGCUGAAGGACAGCUCAAAGAAGACAGAGAAGCUCGGUUUCUAGCCAGUAAAAUGGGAAUCAUAGCAACAUUCCGGUCCUGGGCAGGUAUUAUUAAUUUAUGUAAACCUGGAAAUUCUGGGAUACAGUCUCUAAUUGGAGUACUUUGCAUACCAAAUAUGGAAAUACGGCGAGGUUUGCUUGAAGUGCUUUAUGAUAUAUUUCGUCUUCCUCUUCCUGUUGUGACUGAAGAGUUUAUAGAAGCACUGCUCAGUGUAGAUCCAGGUAGAUUCCAAGACAGUUGGAGGCUUUCAGAUGGAUUUGUAGCAGCCGAGGCAAAAACUAUUCUUCCUCACCGUGCCAGAUCCAGGCCAGACCUCAUGGAUAAUUAUUUGGCAUUGAUACUCUCUGCAUUUAUUCGUAAUGGACUUUUAGAGGGUUUGGUUGAAGUGAUAACAAACAGUGAUGAUCAUAUCUCAGUUCGAGCUACCAUUCUUUUAGGAGAGCUUUUACAUAUGGCAAACACAAUUCUUCCUCAUUCGCAUAGCCAUCAUUUGCACUGUUUACCAACCCUAAUGAAUAUGGCUGCAUCCUUUGAUAUCCCCAAGGAAAAAAGACUGCGAGCCAGUGCAGCCUUGAACUGCUUAAAACGCUUCCAUGAAAUGAAGAAACGAGGACCUAAGCCUUACAGCCUUCAUUUAGAUCACAUUAUUCAGAAAGCAAUUGCAACACACCAGAAACGGGAUCAAUAUCUCCGAGUUCAGAAAGAGAUAUUUUUUCUUAAGGAUACAGAGGAAGCACUUUUAAUGAACCUUAGAGAUAGUCAAGUCCUUCAACAUAAAGAGAAUCUUGAUUGGAAUUGGAAUCUCAUAGGGACCAUUCUUAAGUGGCCAAAUGUAAAUCUAAGAAACUAUAAAGAUGAACAGUUGCACAGGUUUGUACGAAGGCUACUUUAUUUUUACAAGCCCAGCAGUAAAUUAUAUGCCAACCUAGAUCUGGAUUUUGCCAAGUCCAAGCAGCUCACAGUUGUGGGGUGCCAGUUUACAGAAUUUCUUCUUGAAUCUGAAGAGGAUGGGCAAGGAUAUUUAGAAGAUCUAGUAAAGGAUAUUGUUCAGUGGCUCAAUGCCUCAUCUGGAAUGAAACCUGAAAGAAGUCUUCAAAAUAAUGGUUUAUUGACUACCCUUAGUCAACACUACUUUUUAUUUAUUGGAACACUUUCUUGCAACCCUCAUGGAGUCAAAAUGCUGGAAAAAUGCAGUGUAUUUCAAUGUCUCCUUAACCUAUGUUCCUUGAAAAACCAAGAUCAUUUACUAAAACUGACAGUUUCUAGCUUGGACUAUAGCAGAGAUGGAUUGGCUAGAGUUAUCCUUUCCAAAAUCCUAACUGCAGCCACUGAUGCCUGUAGGCUGUAUGCAACAAAACAUUUAAGGGUAUUAUUGAGAGCUAAUGUUGAAUUCUUCAGUAAUUGGGGAAUUGAGUUACUCGUGACACAGCUGCACGAUAAAAACAAAACGAUCUCCUCUGAAGCUCUUGAUAUCCUUGAUGAAGCAUGUGAAGACAAGGCCAAUCUCCAUGCUCUUAUUCAGAUGAAGCCAGCUUUAUCUCAUCUUGGAGACAAAGGCUUGCUUCUCCUCCUGAGAUUUCUCUCUAUUCCAAAAGGAUUUUCCUAUCUGAAUGAAAGGGGUUUUGUAGCAAAACAAUUGGAAAAAUGGCACAAGGAAUAUAAUUCAAAAUAUGUUGACUUGAUUGAGGAACAACUUAAUGAAGCACUUACUACUUACCGGAAGCCUAUUGAUGGUGAUAAUUACGUCCGUCGGAGUAACCAAAGAUUACAGCGUCCUCAUGUCUACCUACCUGUACACCUGUAUGGACAACUGGUACACCACAAAACAGGCUGUCAUUUGUUGGAAGUACAGAAUAUUGUUACAGAACUCUGUCACAACGUUCGUACAUCAAAUUUGGAUAAAUGGGAAGAAAUUAAAAAACUGAAAGCAUCCCUUUGGGCCUUGGGAAAUAUUGGCUCAUCAAAUUGGGGUCUCAAUUUGCUACAAGAAGAAAAUGUGAUUCCGGAUAUAUUAAAACUUGCGAAACAGUGUGAGGUUCUUUCCAUCAGAGGGACCUGUGUAUAUGUGCUUGGGCUCAUAGCCAAAACUAAACAAGGCUGUGAUAUUCUAAAAUGUCACAACUGGGAUGCUGUGAGGCAUAGUCGCAAACAUCUGUGGCCAGUAGUUCCAGAUGAUGUGGAACAGCUCUGUAAUGAACUCUCAUCUAUCCCAAGCACCCUAAGUUUAAACUCAGAGUCAACUAGCUCCAGGCAUAAUAGUGAAAGUGAAUCUGCACCAUCGAGCAUGUUCAUCCUGGAGGAUGACCGCUUCGGCAGCAGCUCUACUAGUACGUUUUUCCUUGACAUCAACGAAGAUGCGGAGCCAGCAUUUUAUGACCGACCUGGACCUGUAAAGGAUAAAAAUUCAUUCCCUUUCUUUGCUUCUAGUAAAAUUGUGAAGAAUCGUAUUUUAAAUUCACUCAGUUUGCCUAAUAAAAAACAUCGUAGUAGCAGUGAUCCAAAAGGAGGGAAAGCGCCAUCUGAAAAUAAGACAAGCAGCAGGCGGAUCAGAACGCUCACGGAGCCUUCCAGUGUGGACUUCAAUCAUAGUGAUGAUUUCACACCCAUAGCCACAGUACAGAAAACGUUACAAUUAGAAACUUCAUUCGUUGGGAAUAAACACAUUGAAGACACUGGUAGCACUCCAAGUAUUGGAGAAAAUGACUUAAAAUUCACUAAGAGUCUUGGUACAGAGAAUCACAGAGAAAACACAAGCAGAGAGAGGUUAGCUGUAGAAAGUUCAGCAACCUCACAUAUGAAGAUACGCAGCCAAAGUUUUAAUACAGACACUACGACAAGUGGCAUAAGUUCAAUGAGCUCGAGUCCUUCACGAGAGACAGUAGGUGUUGAUGCUACAACUAUGGACACAGACUGUGGAAGUAUGAGUACUGUGGUAAGUACUAAAACUGUUAAGACAAGCCACUAUUUGACACCACAGUCUAACCAUCUGUCUCUCUCCAAAUCAAACUCAGUAUCCCUGGUGCCUCCCGGUUCUUCUCAUACACUUCCUAGAAGAGCGCAGUCCCUUAAAGCUCCCUCUAUUGCUACAAUUAAAAGUCUAGCAGAUUGCAACUUUAGUUACACGAGUUCGCGAGAUGCCUUUGGCUACGCUACACUGAAAAGGUUGCAGCAACAAAGAAUGCAUCCAUCCUUAUCUCACUCGGAAGCUUUGGCGUCUCCAGCCAAAGAUGUGCUGUUUACUGAUACCAUCACCAUGAAGGCCAACAGCUUUGAGUCCAGGUUAACACCAAGCAGGAUCGAUUUUAAAAAGAAGCAUGUCGGGGGAAUCAGGAGCUUAAGACCUACAAUAACAAACAACCUUUUCAGGUUCAUGAAAGCUUUAAGUUAUGCUUCAUUAGAUAAAGAAGACUUAUUAAGUCCUAUUAAUCAAAAUACCCUACAACGAUCCUCCUCAGUGAGGUCCAUGGUGUCCAGUGCUACAUAUGGUAGCUCAGAUGAUUAUAUUGGUCUUGCUCUACCAGUAGACAUCAAUGAUAUAUUCCAGGUAAAGGAUAUUCCCUAUUUUCAGACAAAAAAUCUAUCUCCACAUGAUGAUCGAGCUGCAAGAGUUUUUGCCCCAGAUGCAGGAGGUCUUUCAUCUGGAACUGGAGGUCUUGUAAAAAACUCUUUCCACUUGCUGCGACAGCAGAUGAGUCUUACAGAAAUAAUGAAUUCAAUCCAUUCAGAUGCCUCUCUGGUUUUAGAAAGUAUGGAAGACACUGGACUACAGGAACAUACAGAUGAUAACUGCCUUUAUUGUGUCUGUAUUGAAAUUCUGGGUUUCCAGCCUAGUAACCAACUAAGUGCAAUAUGUAGUCAUUCAGACCUUCAAGACAUUCCAUAUUCUGACUGGUGUGAGCAGACGAUCCAUAACCCCUUAGAAGUGGUUCCCUCUAAGUUUUCGGGGAUUUCUGGGUGCAGCGAUGGAGUGUCUCAAGAAGGCUCAGCCAGUAGCACCAAAAGCACAGAAUUGCUACUAGGUGUUAAAACAAUUCCAGAUGACACACCAAUGUGCCGUAUUCUCCUUCGAAAAGAAGUUCUAAGAUUAGUCAUUAAUUUGAGUAGUUCCGUUUCAACUAAGUGUCAUGAAACUGGACUUUUAACAAUUAAAGAGAAGUAUCCUCAAACAUUUGACGACAUAUGUCUUUACUCUGAGGUUUCCCAUUUGCUGUCACACUGCACAUUUCGACUUCCAUGUCGGAGGUUUAUACAAGAAUUAUUUCAAGAUGUACAGUUUUUACAAAUGCAUGAAGAAGCAGAAGCUGUGUUGGCAACAGCACCAAAGCAACCUAUCAUUGAUACAUCUGCUGAAUCCUGACCUCAUAUUUAUGGUGUAUGUAGGCAUAUCCUAUAUAUAUUCAUAUUUGUGGAUUUCCUAAAAGCCUCAGAAAAUGCUGACUGACUGGGCAGCAAAGACAGGAGCAUCUUCUGUAACCUGUUCCAGCAAUUACUGGUACAUGGACAGUUGGAACUGCUGACUUCCCUAACCAAAACAAUGUCCUCUCCCCCUCGUUGAGCACUUUGGGGGUGGGCGUCAUUAUUCAUUACCACAGUUUCAUGAGUUUUACUUACCAUUGUAUGCAAGAGCCAAGCACUGAAUACCUAUGUAGGUUUCCUUUUUUUUUUUUUCAUUUGAACAGCAUAAAGACAGUGGAACAAUGAUAGGAUACGCAGAAACACCCUCACACAGUUGUGUAUGAAUUCUGUUUUUAGGGUAAAUAUAAAGAUGCCUUGUUUGUUUACUACUUUGUGAAAUCCAGGACUCUGUCUCUGAGGCUGCAUCCUGUUAGCACAAUGGGGUGUGCUCUAACUGCUGGUAUUAGAAGGGAAACUUUGGCCCUUCCAUAUUGUUCCUAACGUUGGUAACACUACUUCAGAGGUGUGUGACCUCAAAGUGAAAAGAAGAGCCUCAACCACCCCGGACUUAUAAGUUAUUUUUAUGUUAUUAGGAUUACAUUAAGGUUGUUACUUGUUUUCCAUCUCUUCAACUUCGUUGCAAUGUAACAUUAUAGGCUAUUUGAACUGAUUAAGGUUUUUCACUACAGUUCCCGAUUAAAGUCAGAAAAUCAUGUGAUAAUUGAAAGUAUUUUCCAUUUGUAGAAUGUGCAUACUUUCUGUGGACUUCUGUUUUCAUCAGCUUCCCAUGUCAUUACUUUGAAUGGGAACUUGAGCAAGCACUAUUAAUUUUAGACCUAAAGUAAAAGAAAGCAUUAAGUAAAGCUUUGGAUCUCCUGAGGAAAAGGUAAGUUUGCCUACAAUUUACACAUUCCAUGGGAAAAUAAGAGCCAUAUUUCCUUUUAAAAAAUCAUUAAUAAAACUGAUUAUUAUGUUUAAAAAUUGUAGUGAAAAGCCUUAAACACCAAAUUUAGCAGCAGCAGUAAUUUAAUUUUUCUACCAGUAUUGUUGUUUUGCACAAAUGAAAUGCAGUGAUAGGUGAGUUUAUGAGGACAGUAAUUGCCUUUAUCACAUUUGUGAAAUUGUUUAGUUGGUGAGGGCAAGGCUUUUUUGUUUGUUUUAAUUUGUGUAUGUCUAAAGAUAUUUGGAAAUUUUUACAGGAAUUAAACAUAUAUGCAAAUUUGUAUAUAAAAUAGCAUGGCCAUCAUCAUUAGAAUGCUUGUAAAUGAAAGGAAUAUCUUUUCUGAGAUCUAUAUAAAAACAGAAAACACAAUUCCAGCUGGACUCAUUAGGACCCUUUUUUAAUUCAUUGGUGUGCACCAUUUUUACAAUAAUACAUCAGCUGGGACACAAUCAUAGCCUGUUCAUUAAUAUUUUCCCAUGUUGCAGAUCAUGUUUGUAAUGAGUUUGUUCUUUUGAGAUCUCUGUAAAGAAACCUGUGAACUAGAAAAUGUAACUCACAGAGAUGCGCUUUUUUUUUAGUUUGCUGGCACUGAAAGUUCCACUUGGGAUGAAGAGUUUCAUCUCGCUUCCUAACACCUCUGACCGCACUUCAGUGAACUGUUCUUACGUGCACUGUGUAGCAGCUUACAUUACAGUAAAGCAGAUAAGGGCUGUAAGCUGCUGCUUACGUUAAAAAGUGCUUCUUCAGAUUUUCUCUUAUAAAGCCCAAAUGAAGAUAAACAAUUUUGUUCUUAAUUUUAAUUUAUCGCUGAACCCAAGUGUUUAUUUAAAUGUUGGUAGUACUUCUAAGAACGUUGCCUGUCACCUUGGUCUUGGAUAAUUAAAUUGCCUUUCCAGAGAACCAAAUGUCAGAGAUACUAGACCAAAUAGUGGUUAAAGACUCCAAAGGAAGUAAUGUAGUAAUCUUACUCAUAAUGGGAUUAACAUAUUGUAGACAUUCAUUUUAAAUACUACCUCAGUUAACAUAGAGUAUAAAAUCUGUGGUUUAAUCCCUCCUAAGUAACCAGUAGUUUGUUUCUUCACACGCCACCACUCCCAUCCCUGUACCCUUCAUCCUUCCUGAAAUUAGGACUUAGUUGCUUUUAGCCUGAACAGUUUUUGGAUGGUUACUUUGAAAGAUGUUUGUAUAUCAUCGUAUCUGCCUAUAGCACUUAGUUUGGGGAGACACUCAGAGCUUUGUGGUUAUAGUAAACUAAGAAAAUGUCAGUACUUAAAUUUAGAGUGCUGUUUGGUUUGUACUUGGUUUCCCUGACAGGUUUAAUAUGUUUUCUUUGAGUACUUGUUUGUAUAAAAGUAGACUUUUAUGAUGAAAAAUGCUCACAUGCAGUGCCAAGCAACUAAUUUAGAUGUUUAAAAAUAUUAAAUUAUAGCAAAAAAUGUUAGGAAUGGUGUCAGUGGUAAUAGAAGUAAUUGAGAAAAUCAUCUAUAAAUAAUAGAUAUUACCAGACAAUAGAAGACCAAAAUAAUGUCAAUAGUGUAGUUUAUGAAGAUUUUAGAAUUAAUCUUAGUCUAUAAAUUUGUACUAUGGGUAAUUAUUGAAUAAUUUGGAGGAACUUGGGCAGUUAUGCUGGUUGUAAACUGUGAAUUUCUAAUUGCAAAGUGAAUUGUCAUUUCUAAUUGAAUUUUUUUUUCAAGAACAGAUUUGAGCUUCACAUACUAAGUAAAUACUGACAAACAAGAAAAUUAGAUAUUUAGUAUUUAUAAUAAUAUGGUCUAAAAUUUCUUACGCUUUUAUUUCCUGUUGUAUGCUUAGGAAGAUUGGGGGGGUCUUUUUUCCCUAAUUAAAAUAUUUCUAAUAAGGAUUGGUAGCACAAGGACAUUCUGUAAGUCAGAGACCCUUCGCAGGUGGUCACAUUACUGUAUUUAUUACUCUGACCUAAUGACAUGUACAGGUACUUUUGAAAUGGGGGCUCUUUAUCCAGAGAUAAAUUAAAGCUGAGUUUCGUAGCAUGUCACAGUGGCACAGUAUUCAACAGUGAGGUGUCAAUGCUUAUUGACAUUUGUCUACUGCUAUUUAUAUAAAAUUUUAUUUCAUUCAGAGGAUGCCUUUUAUCCCUACAAUAAAGCACAGAUCAUUAAGCAAUAAAAAGAAAACAAUAAACUGUUCUGUCAUUCAAAUUAUAAUGCAGUUAUUGUUGCAUGGUAAGAGUGAGGUGCUAAUUUUUGUGUGUGGAUUAGCUUUGUAAUCUACCUUGGGAAAUUUCCUUUGAAAGUAAAGUGUUCUUCCCCCUUAGUCUCUUGGCUCCAGUUUUGUCUCAAACUCAUGAUCCAUUAACAUAUAGGAAAAAGAAAAGAUUCGCUUGAUUGAGAGGGCUUUUUAUGAGAAAAGCUGUUUAGAAUGAAAACGUUUCAGAUUUUCCAAAAAUGAAAAUUUGAGAACGGCUGCUAUAUCUCCCCAUUCACAAAAUACAUUGUUACCAUCUUAAUUUCAAGAGUCUCACUACAGUGGGUCUCAUCGGGAAAGCAUCUCAAUGUUUAUAAAGAACGUGGACACCUGUGAGAAUCUUUCUAAGACUUCUUUUCUCCUUUAGUUCCAGGCUGCCAGGGUGUUCAUUCACAGUAGGUUUAUGUGACUCACAGAAUGUGGAUUUCUUCUUGUCCCCUUUGGAAUACUUUUGUAAUGUAGGUGGACAGCAGUGCCACAGCAUGCAUAAAUUGCACAUUUUGUUUGACUUUCUUUAUAAACUAUUUAAUUUGAAAGAUAGUGUAUGCCCCAGACAAGCAUACCUUGCAAUUUUGCCACUAAAUAGGUUGAUUUAGCACAAAAUGCAAAGACUGGGGGUAGGGGGUAAAAAAACAUUGAAAGUGUCUGUACUGGCCUGUCAGAAACCCUGAAGCUGCCAUGGAAACAAAUGGUGUACAUUAAAGAAUUGCAGACUCAGUGCUCCCUAACCACAUGAUUUCUUUUUCUUUUUUUUUUUUUUUAUUUAGUAACGCUGCUACAUAUUUGGAGGUUCUCGUGUAUGUAGGUCACUGAGCAGACAUUGAAAUCUGAUUUAUAUUGUAUAACUGUAACAUAGAAAGAAAAAGUAUUUAUAUAUUUUCCGUAAGAAUAUUUCAUUGAGUUGUGUAUAAUUUAAAUAAGAUUUGUCCCCAAAUGGUUUUGCUCACCUUUUUUUUUUUCUUUUCGUGGUUUCCUUGUUUUGUACAAUGUGUACAGUUUAUGUCAAGGGCAUUAAAAGCCUCCUGAAGCAUAAUCUUAUCAAAGGGAUACAUUGUUAAUAAAAUGUACUUAAAAUUCUUAAA